AUGUCUUCUCAAGCAAUCCCCGGCGAAAUUACACCCCCAAGCGGUCCCUUCUGGGCCUCUCUCGACCCAACCGUCGCCAGCACCGUCGCUGCAGUCCUCACCCCGCAAGAACUCGACAACCUGAAGCUUGACCCCUCCGCCUCCAACAGCACCAAGCUCAACGCUCUCGAAACCGCUCUCGCCGCCAAGCUCUCCAACGCCGAAACCAGCAGCAAGCCCUCCACUCUACACAGCACGGAUUACAACACCUGGAAGGCGCUCAAGAGCAGCCUGUUCCACGUGCACAAGGGUCUCGGCAACAUCGACGAACAAGAGAAGAUCCUCCUUGAGCUGGUCAACAAUCCCGGCCCGGGCCCUCUUGGCCGAGACCUUGCGGCCCUUCACAAUCUGUCGGCGCUCUACGAGGAAACGGGGCAGUACAAAGAAGCUGAAUCGAAUGCGCGUAAAGCGUUAACGGAUAUCCAGGCUCAUUCGCGUCUGGGAAAGGAUACCCCUCAGGCGUUGGGAAGCUUGAGGGUUCUGAUCAAGGCGUUGUGGAAGCAGGGGAAGGUCGUCGAGGCUAAAGAGUAUGUUGGCCAGGCCCAGGCUAGCAUCAGCAAUCUGGCUGGGACUCCGUUUGCGAAGUUCCAACAGGAGGAAACGGAUGCGCUGGGGAAGAUCGUUGCCGAGUUGAACUGA